GCAGCAUUUUGCAAAAUGAAUGAGAAAGGGAUCUAGGUCUUCCAUUCUGGGGUUUCAGUUUCAAGCCUGAACUCUCAGCAACUGGUUCCUUCUCGGCUUCUUCCCUGCCGUCGCCGCACGUUUCGCCGCCGGCCACCGCUAUCUCUUCCGUUGGUCCCUGUUUCGCGCAGCUUGCAAGAGAAGAAGUAAGUUGGCUGCGAAGAGGUAAAAAAGGGGGUUAUGGCAGGAAAAGCUGCUGGUUCAGCUGUAAAGGCAAUAGCGGAGUACCAAUAUCCGUGGCGUGAGAAGUUAGCAAAGUAUAAGGAUGAACUGGCCAAGGGUGUGUGGGGAUACUGGGAGUUGGGGGCAUGGAAGCCACUGAGUAUCAGUGCUCGGCGUCGAGCUAUGCUUCGAAAGGAAGUCCUUCUUGCCGGGGAAGAUUGGCCCUAUGAUCCUGAAAGGAAGGAGAUGAAGACCAAGAGGAAAGGACACAAGUGUGAUAGGAUAGCUGCUGAGAAAAGGGCAAACACCGCAAGGUUAAUGGAGAAGAUGCCGGAAAUGUUGCUGGAACACAAGAAGAGAAGGUGGCUGAAGAAGAUGAAGGAAGAAGACAAAGAGAAAGGCAAGCUUUGAUUUUGCUCCUUCAGAAUGGGUUUCUUUGUGCUUCAGAUCUUCCUUUGGUUUCCAAGGGUUUGUCACAAACUGUUAACCAUGAAAAGUGGAUUUACUCAUGCAAUGUUACACCUGUUUUUUGUUGCUUGUGGGUUGGGAAUGUUUGGGGUUAAUGGUGAUUAACUCUUGUCAUGUAUUUCUAACAAUCCUUAAUAAACCCUUUCAAGAGUGGCCUUGAGAUUAUCCCUGGGGCUUGGGAGGGGGGUUACUUAAAUGGAAGUUAAUGUUAUGUAGUUUUGUUUUUA